AAUACAGUCGUACACAACUAACAAUGUUCUAUUUUCAGAAGGCUAUGCAUUUUAAAUAGUCAGCUGACCAGCUGGUCGCGUUCAUUGUUCCAAGUUAAAUAAAUAUUGUCCGUUCGGCUGUCUGCAUUUUUAGAGAGAAAGGCACAUUAAAGGAACCCAGGGUUGUAUCAAAUACUAUACACGGUCGCAGAUGUGAAUUUUUUCCAAGACCUUAUUCGUCUACCGCCGUUAUGACAACCGCAGAGGAUCGGCAACACUUAGAAACUCUCGUGGAGGAUAUCACCUCCACAGGUCUCGUCACUCUCAAUGACUCGCAUUUGAAACAAUUAAAGACGGCAUGUCGCAAAUCAGAUUCGAAUCUGCGCUUCGCUUUCGAUCGGAUCUGGCGGCAACUGAACAAAGACCAUGCUCAGAUUCGAUAUUCAUGUGUGAAGGUGAUAGACGCACUCUUCCAACGGUCGCAUCUCUUCCGCCAACUGCUGCUAGAUGACGUGCACGAGUACUUUGCGCUCACCAUCGCAUUAAACCCAAAGACCAAACUACCAAAGCCAAAGUCCACCGCACGGAUGCUACGGCGACAGACACUCAUCUGCUUCAACCAGUGGCAUGAGAAGUACCAUGACCAACACAAGAAGCUUGUGCUGGGGUUUAAGUUUCUGCAGAACAACGGUGGCAUUGACUUUAGUGAUUUGGGAGAGGAUGCCGGCAUGAGUGCUGUGGAGCGGCAACGCGCACGCGACAGAGCACGUGCUGAGCAAACGAAGGCCCAGGAAUUGUACCAACGGGCCGCCAGAGAGAUAGCCGACCAAUGGGAUAGCGUGGAAAUUAAUUUGAGCCAAUUGGAAGCCAGCGUUGACCUCAUGCGUGAGCAGAGGCUGUGGGGUGUUGAUACCAUCGGACCCACCCGCACAGACGGUACAAAGAAGGACGAGGUCACAACACCAAUGAAUACGGAGAUACCACAGACUGGAGAAGAAUCAAGUAUGCACCUGGAUCAGCAAGUGAGGUCUAUAAAUAGCACUGGUUCUAAAAAUAGCACUAGUUCUAAAAAUAGAUCCGCGUCAGCCGAGCCGUCGGUGGACGCGCCGGUACUGUCGGCGGUGCGAGAGCACGACCGCGUGCUAAGGUACAAGCACGUACUGAUGGUCAACACAUGGGUGGAUGCUUUGCUAGGCGCUGUGCGUUACCAUGGUAACCAAACCGGUACGAACACCACGUCAUCUAGCAGCGCUAGGGGCCAUUCCACCAGCCCAACAGACACCACUUCUCAACCGCUGUCACACCGUGUAGGUGUACCAACGGGGGACAGUUCCCGUGCGCAAUCAACCGGGAGAGACGGCCGCACAACCACAGCCCUGGGUGCAGCUUCACCUACUACACAGCCUCACCCACAGGCCCUGCUGAGUCGGGCUGUGGCGCUGCAGGUGCGGUGCCAGACACUGCUCAAAGCAGUGGUGCAGAUGGGCGUCGACGUAUCGCCGCCCAAAUGCAGAUCACUGGCCAUGGCAACUACUUCGGACAAUUUGGCUGAUUCGACAGCUGAGCAGAAAGAGGACAAAGCAAGCAGUGAGACGGGGUGGUCAGUGUUCAGUUACGCGCGCGAUGUGCAGAAACGCGAGCCCACGCAACAGCACAUACAAAUCACGCUCGAGCAGGACGAGGAACAAAGACUCGCAUACACCUACGACAAUAGCAGAUCAAAGGCAAUCGAUCCCACAGCGCAAGUCUUCAAAGCCCCCGCACGCACCACCGCCAUGGGUGCGGCUGUGCGGAUCAAAGAGGGCGUGCCUGUCAUGCCAUACGAUACAGACCUCGAGUACUGGGAGAGCAAGACGGUCCCUAUCAACGUCGGCCUUGUGGAUGACAUCGACCACAGGUUCUGGAGUAGUAGUGAGAGGGUGGGAGAGGUAGAUGCCGCAUUGUUCCGAACAAGAGUUCGUUACCAUGAUAACGAGUUUGUACCUGUCAAGUGGGCUUGUAGAGCACCUUUGCCGACUGGCAAGCUGUGUGCCCGCCACGACCGCAAGAAAUGCCCCAUACACGGCCCAGUCAUUGCGCGUGACAGUGAGGGGGUACCGAACAGCCCCACACCGAACGCAGAAACCCAACAACCCGAUGGCAAUACUCUCCUCAACAAUGGGACGUCGGCCGACCCGACAGGUGCUGAGUCUGAUGGAGCUGCUCAGAGUAUAGGGCAAACGGGUAUGGGUGCGGAUGUGUAUGCGAGGUUUGCAGGUAUAGGUACUCAAGCGGAUAGGAGUGGAGCGGGCGCCGGCGCAACAUCUAACAGUUUAACUACCAGCCAAACCACGGGCACCAAUCACACCACCACAAGCACAGCCCACAGGCAAGAUACACAAGACACCGGUGUGCAGGAUAACGCCCAAACAACAGUUGCCCACACAGCGGAACAGCCUCUGUGGGAGAGUGUAGCGCAAGAUAUGGGCAUUACAAUGCCAUCAGACGGGAGUGAGCCGUUAAAGGAGACGCGUGCAAACGCGUUCGCGUCAUCAAACGCUGUGGUAAAGGGGGGGUUUGCUGAGCUUGGGGAUGGACAGGCGAAUGCAGUUGUGCGGAUAGGCGAACCACACAGUGACAUGGCGUCGCUGAAUGGUGGGGUUGGCAUAAGGGGUAGGAGUAAGAGGAAAGCGGCGGACGGAGGUAAUAGCAGUAGAAAACCAGCCAAGAAAGAGAGUGCCCUGGCGAAGGUGAAGGACGAUGUGGAGGUGAUGAACGAGCGCAGGCGGAGACGGCUGUUUAAGGGCAGGCUGUAUGAUGCCGCGGUCAAGCUGGAUUUAGAAGAGCAGAAGAAACACGCGGACAAAUUUGGGAACCAGUGGCAGUACUACUAGGACUUGAUAAACGUCCGAUACACGGCUAAGGUAGUUAUACAGAAAUGAAUGCUCAAGCAAGUUGCAGAGUCGAGCACUCCUUAGAAAUGUGUGUUUGUUGCGCAUGCAAACUGUCGUAUGAGAUAUGAAGCUUCUGCAAAUUGCAAAUGGUGCUUAUGUUUGAACUCACUGGUUUUGUGCGAUUAGAUUGGCUCUCAGAUACCUGUAUCCAUUGUUUUCUGCCAAUUUUCAGUCAUAAGGGUACUAUACUACGAUGUUGUAGCUAAUGAUCUGCGAGUAAAAAGUAUACGACACUAUUUUUCCAGCAUAUACAGGUUUCUUAAAAAUUAUUCCUAUGCAUAAAUUUCUGUACGUGCCUUUUGUUGAUGUAAGUACAUAGUUAAAGCACGUUCUCAGUGGUCAGUGGGGCCCUGAUAUAAUGAGCAUCAUCAUUCAUGUCCAUUCAUUUGUCGGUGAAACAACAUUCUCAGACAAAUCUAUAUAUUAGACUCCCAUGUAAAUCUAUAAUAAAUGAGUCUACAUAUUAUUCUAUGUAUAUAUAUUUAUCUAAAGAUAUGACCC